AUCACUUUAAAGAGUAUGUGCAUCUCCGCGGAGCCGGUUGGCCGGGUGCGUUGUUCCUGAUCUGAGCCGAGUGCUGCAGCCUUUAGAUGCUGUCAAGCCGUCAUCAGCCCGAAUUGCAUCAUGUCUGAUUUUGAGGAUUUCAGCCGACCAGCGGGACAGGCCAAUGUCUCUGAAAGCUACCAGCUAAACCCCACCAGCGUCAUCGUGUCGGUCGUCUUCUCCCUCAUCUUCCUGUUGGGCACCAUCGGCAACAGCCUGGUGCUCGCCGUGCUGCUGCGGAGCGGACAGGUCGGAUACAACACGACCAACCUCUUCAUUCUCAACCUGAGCGUGGCCGACUUCUUCUUCAUCAUCUUUUGCGUCCCCUUCCAAGCCACCAUCUACUCCCUGGAAGGAUGGGUGUUCGGCUCGUUCAUGUGCAAAGUGGUGCACUUCUUCAUCAACCUCACCAUGUACGCCAGCAGCUUCACACUCGCUGCUGUAUCUGUUGACAGAUAUCUGGCCAUCCGCUACCCACUCCGCUCCAGGGAGCUACGAACCCCGUGCAAUGCAGUAGUUGCCAUGGUGAUCAUCUGGGGCCUCUCUCUGGUCUUCGCCGGUCCGUAUCUCAGCUACUACGACCUGAUUGACUACGCCAACAGCACCGUGUGCAUCCCCGGCUGGGAAGAGCAGAACCGCAAAGUGCUAGACACGUGCACCUUCCUUUUCGGCUACGUCAUCCCCGUGCUCAUCGUGAGCCUCUCCUACACGCGAACCAUCAAGUACCUGUGGACGGCGGUCGACCCGCUGGACGGCAUGUCGGAAUCCAAGAGGGCCAAGCGCAAAGUCACCAAAAUGAUCAUCAUCGUCACCGUGCUUUUCUGCAUAUGCUGGCUGCCGUACCACGUGGUGAUCCUGUGCUACCUCUACGGAGACUUCCCUUUCAACCAGACCACGUACGCGUUCAGGCUCCUCUCCCACUGCAUGGCCUACGCCAACUCCUGCGUCAACCCCAUCGUGUACGCGCUGGUCUCCAAGCACUUCCGCAAGGGCUUCAAGAAAGUGUUCAGCUGCAUCCUGAGUAAAAACGGGAGGAACAAGGUCCACGUGGUCCACGUGGCGAACACCGUGCCAGGCUUCGAGGCGGGCUCCACCGAGGUGUCGCAGAUGCACGAGGAGAACAUACGGCAGAACGAGUGUGAGAUGAUUAACAGGCCGCUGCCAGAGCCAAGAGAAGCCACGGUGACGGUGAAUUUGCCCUUUCAGCGGCAGACUUGACAAGUCCUUCAGCACAGAUUCCCCUUUGGAAAAGACAUUGCGGCUCACGUUUGGACAGAAACGUGUUUAAAACACUAGUAAACGUGUUUAGGUGGGAAAAUGGGAACAGACGUAGUUAAAUUAUUCAUCCACACAAACACAUUUACGAGAAUAAAAAUAUGUAUUUUUUGGUUUAUUAAUAUAUAACAAACCAUAUAUAUAAUAUAGAGGUUUUAGUAUUUGUCUCUUGACCAUUUGCCUUAACAUGGCUUGCACUUUGGUAUUUACUGUCUCUUAGCAACCGCGUUAUUUAGCUCAUGUUUCAGUGCGUUUCACCACCUACUCUAUGUAAUAUGUAGUUUUUGGGGGUUGAUAAUGAUUCCUACUGAAUAUCAGGGGGUAAAACAUUUCCUGUACCAAUUUAACAACAAAUGUAUAUUUUAAAAAAAAUUAUUUGACAAAUAAAUGUCACCAAAGUUUGAUAUUUUACACAAUUAUACAAAACAACAAAAACACACAUUCAUUCAAAUAUACAUAUACUGUGCAGAACUUUACAAAUAAAUAUUUUUACAUGUAUGUAUGAAUGUAAACAUAAAAAUAAACACAAAAAAAAAAAAAUCUGAGAUUAAAGUCAGGAUUCUGCCGAAAAAAAUUCUCAGAAUUACAACUUCAAUUUUCUGAGAAAAAGUCAGAUUUCCUUGUUUAAUCUAAGAAUUCCAACUUUUUUCUCGGAAUUCUAAGAUUAAAGUCCGAAUUCUGAAAAAAAUCACUUUUUUCUCAGAAUUCUGACUUCAAUGUCAGAGAAAAAAGUCUGAGAUUAAAUUCGGAAUUCUGAGAAAAUGGUUGGUCACUUUUUCCCCUCAGAAUUACAACUUUAAUCUUCAAAGAAAAUACUUCCAUUUGAGUAGGAAUUCUGACAUUUUUGUUGGAAUUCUGAGAUUAAAGUAUGAUUUCCGAUUUUUUUUUGAAGACUUAAAUCUUAAAUCUAACAAUUCUGACUUUUUUCUCGAAGAUUAAAGUCAGAAUUCUGACUUUUUUCACAGAAGAUUGAAGUCGGGAAAUGUGGCUAUCUUGGAAGUGGAAGUCUUGGAAUUCUGAGUUCAAUCUCAGAGAAAAAAGUCAGAAAUAUGAGAUUAAAGUCUGAGUUCUGAUUUAAAUCUAAGAAUUCUGAGUUUUUUCCUCAGAAUUCCGACUUUAAUCUCAGAAUUCUGACUUUUUUCUCCAAGAUUAAAGUUAGAAUUCUAACCUUUUUCUCAGAAAUCCCACUAUCCUUAAAUCCUUAAGGAUUAAAGUAAAUCCUUUCUUUAAUCUCAGUAUUCCGACUUUUUUCUCGGAAUUCUGAGAUUUCUGAAAGAUAUGAUUUUGAAGAUUUUUUUUAUGUUUUUUAUUUUGUUUCCCAAACAAUUUCACAUUUAGCCACAAUCCUUGUCAACCCUUUUUAACUGUCAAACAAUGUUUUAUUCUGUAAAAUAUAAGGGCAUAUAUUUGUAAUAAUGUACCGACAUGUUAAAGAAAGGCUCACGUUGGCCCGUCUUUUCUGGAGCCAAACAUUAAAUCCAUCAGAAAUGUUCAGCAGCGCGUUAAUGCAGAGCGAGGAGGGCGGGAAAUUGCUGUACAAUAAAAAUCACCUCCAUUAGCUUUUCAAACGCAGAUUGGAUGCAGAUUCAGGGUCAACGCUUCGACUCCUCUGAUGUGAAGUACAUCCUGUGCAGGUCAUGAACAGGCCAGCUGACUCAUUUACUCCCAACUCCAUUUUUUUGCUCAGCAGAGCUCUGAUCUUCAGAGUCUGAUUAAAUCCCUUCGACAUGUUGUGUUUUUUGUAUGUGAUCUGAGGCUGCGUGUUGUUUUUCUCUCUCUCGCUCUCUAAGUGGAGCAGAGUGUUCUUUGGUUCGGCUUGUUUUUUUUUGCAUCUCGCAUGCAGCUGCUGCUCAGCCUCCUUCACGUGUUACUGAUAUUUAAAUUCAGUUUUUUUUGACUCAAACACAGUCUGAUGAGGGACGAUGAAGAAUCAGGUGUCAUGUUAUGACUCAAGGUCACAUGUUUUGUGUAGGAGAGAGAGAGAGAAGCCAUUUUGUGUCACCUUUUAUUUACUCCUGUUUUCAGUUUAGGUAAGAUUAGGUUUAAAGCUUUGUUAUUUUGGCAUCGUUCCUCUCCGAAAUUAAUAACACUGCUACUUGGUACUUGUUACACUUAUUUGAAUAGACUUUUGAUUUAUUUGGCUCUCUUUGGAAACCCUGGUUUCCCUGUAGGCCGGGGAUGUAACAAACUCUUCAUUAAUUUGUGUGUGUUUUUGAUGAAUUAUUAAUUAUAACCCACAUUGGUGGCAUUUUCUUGCAUUUACCUGUGUCUUCACAGUGAUUGUACUACUGGCAUGUUUCUGUUUGGUGUCAUAUAUCGUAUAUUUAAUUGUUUUGAGUUGUGUAUUUAAAAAUGUAAAAAGCUGUGAAUUGAUGACACUUUCUCUGUGUGUGUGUGUGUGUGCGUGUUUUUGCUCGUGUUCUACCUCAAGAGCUGUAAAACAAACAAAAAAAAACAAAUCCUGUGUUAUUUUCCUCUUCAGAUUGUGUAAGACGCAACUUUUGCACUCUCCUUUUGCACAAACCAUGUAUUUAAACCGUGUGCCCUCUGCAUCCAUGUUCUACUUAAGUGCUUCUCUGUUUCCUCUUAUCUUCACGUAACAUUUGGUAUUUAAAUAGAUACCGAGAUACACACAAAGGAGUUCUUCGGAACACAGUGUAAUGUACUUUCUCGACGACCGAAUAAAGUAUUUUCUGC